ACGCUCAACAGGGAAGUUAAACAGGUAGAUCUACGCAUUGCUGCAGUGAUGGGCAUAUCUGAUAUUACUAACUAGUCAGCAGCAUUGUCAAAUUCAGCCGAACUUUUGACUUUAAGUUUUGAUCAAACUUUUACAAUGUCAGCAGGAAAGUGACAGAUUUACCAGCCAAGCUAGAGUGAAGUUCAUCAUGUGAUUGUGAAUUCUAGGGCUGGAUAAAUACGGACAAUGUAAGUGAACUUUCUGAAGUGUGGCAUGGAAAACUUGGAUUCAUCAUCACAGUAACCCUGUGACAUCAGUCAUCGUGAGGUAGUUAUUCUACAGUGUUUUUACAUUGCUAUAAGUUUAAUAAACAUAUACUACUGAAUGUGACAUUUACAAGUCAAGUUUUCUUUCCUUUGCAUAACAAACUCUUAUUUGUGAGUGUUUACUGAUAACAAUAUCUUUAUACAAGAACGACAAACAUCUUCAAGUCUUCAACAAAUAUCAGCUUUCCAUCAUAAUGGCAACCCCUAAAAGCCAAUUUCCACUCCGUAUUAAAGGUCAAACGACCUGUAUUCACCACAAGGGGAGGCAAUUGGAGUUUUAUUGUGAAAAGUGUCAGGAACCGGUUUGUUCAAAAUGCCUUUCUUCUAUUCACAAAACUUAUACAGUUUGUGAACUAAGUGAAAUCAUUCCCCAGAAAGAACCAGACAUUAAAAACUUUAUAGACAGAACAGAAAAAAAUGACCUUGUACAAAUUGGAAAAUACAUCACCACUACUGAUACGCUCCUUAAAGACAACGCCAGUACUUUUGAGAAGCUGUCACAAAAUUUAAAAAUGCAAACAGAUAAAUUAAAACAAGAGCUGGACAUGCUUACAGCACAGACACUCUCUCUUUAUCACAAAAUGGAAGAGGAUAAUACCAAGCUGAUAAAGAAAUACAAACAGGACCUCGAGAUGUACGAGAAGCAACUCAAACAACAAAUUCAAGAAUGCAAAGCAGCUCUCCAGCGUGGUUCACACAUACAGAUUUAUGAUACAUUUUGUGAGAUCCAUUCUCCUACACACAGUCUCCCUGUAACACCUGUCAUGGGUACUGUCAACUUCACUCCAAAUGAAAAACCUCAAGAUCACUUGAAAAAAGCCUUGGGGAAAGUUACCACAUCAGGUCAAGGUCGAACUUUAACUGACCAGGAUCGGUCAGUCUCAACAUCUGAUGAUCGGGGACAACCCUCUUCACAACAACAACGGUCCGGAACAAAAGGAAAGAAAGCAGUGACAACAUACAAACUACUUCCACAGACCAAGGUAGUGAUGGAAUGGGAGUCUCCACGUGACAUUUAUUCUGUAUGUCCCACCACUGAUGGUCAUGUGUGGACCAAGUACGGGUACACGUUAACUCUCCUGGACAGGAAUAGUAAAGUAAUACAGGAGGUCAAACACAAUGUCGGGUUCAAUGAUAUCAGUCUGUCACCCACCACACACACACUGUGGGUCUGUGAUGAUAAAAAUAACAUCAUGGAGCUGGUAUCAGGACGACUGACGCACAGAUUCCGUACCAAGGAGGAACCCUGGUGUAUAUGUGUUACAGCCAGUAACCAUGUAAUUGUAGGGAUGACCGAACACAUCUCCAAAUUUACUACAGAUGGUAAAAUGGUGUGUACAACUAUGGCUAAAGGGCCUGGGAAACCAUUAGUGUGUUCACCACACAGGAUCUCAGAGUGUCCUGUCACUCACAAUGUGGCAGUCGCUGAUUUCAGUCGUGAAAGUGAUGGUGGUGAUGAAAAUCAACAUGUUGUUGUGAUGGACACUGAUUUCAUGGAGCUGUUUGUAUAUAGAGGCGUCAUCCCCAGUACAUAUAGACCAACACCACAAACAGGAGGUGAACCGUUUAACCCCUGGGGUGUGGUGUAUGACAGUGUGGGGAACCUGAUCAUAGGGGACUGUGACAACUACAGGGUCCUACUCAUCAGUGGAGGUGGUGAGUUCCUCAGGGUCAUACACACAGACACAGGCUAUACAUGGACUGUAGGUAUAGACAGGGAGGAUGUCCUGUGGGCAGUGUUUGGGUCAUGGCCUGUUAGCACAGUCAAACUACUACAGUACAGCAGUGUGUGACAACUCUAACCAAACAACUAGUAAAUCUAGUUACCAGGAUAGUGACAUGGAAAUCAGAGACAAAGGAAACUUAUCACGAUUACAAAUCAACUAACGAUGUGUGACAUUCACAGGAUUAUUAGCAAAACGUCUAAGACUACAGAUGGUGUGGCAUUCACAGGAUUAUUAAUAAAAUGCCUAGACUACAGAUGGUGUGACAUUCAGAGGAUUUUAAGUAAAAUGUCUAGACUACAGAUUGUGAGACAUUCACAGGAUUAUAAGUAUAAUGUCUAGACUACAGAUGGUGUGACAUUCACAGGAUUAUAAGUAAAAGGUCUAGACUACAGGAUGCAAACAAUUAUCGAUUAGGCUCCAUUUUCCAUUGAACAGGUAACAAAACAGUUUUUUGCAUUAGCAAUCAACAGUUAAAGGUAUUGGGACAAACCUAAAUAAAUGUCUCUCUGAGGCCAAACCAAACAUUUUGAGUCAUACAAUCACUCACAUUUUGAGUCAUGCAAUCACUAACAUUUUGAGUCAUACAAUCACUCACAUUUUGAGUCGUACCAUCACUCACAUUUUGAUUCAUACAAUCACUCACAUCUUGAGUCGUACAAUCACUCACAUUUUGAGUCGUACCAUCACUUACAUUUUGAGUCGUACCAUCACUCACAUUUUGAGUUGUACAAUCACUCACAUUUUGAGUCAUACAAUCACUCACAUCUUGAGUCGUACAAUCACUCACAUUUUGAGUCGUACCAUCACUUACAUUUGAGUCAUACAAUCACUCACAUUUUGAGUCGUACCAUCACACAUAUUUUGAGUUGUACAAUCACUCACAUUUUGAGUCAUACAAUCACUCACAUUUUGAAUCGUACCAUCACUCACAUUUUGAGUCGAACAAUCACUCACACUUUGAGUCGUACAAUCACUCACACUUUGAGUCAUACAAUCACUCACAUUUUAAGUCAUACAAUCACUCACAUUUUGAAUCGUACCAUCACUCACAUUUUGAGUCGAACAAUCACUCACACUUUGAGUCGUACAAUCACUCACAUUUUGAGUCAUACAAUCACUCACAUUUUGAGUCAUACUAUCACUCACAUUUUGAGUCGUACAAUCACUCAAAUUUUGAUUACAUUAAUAUUGUCAUGUACUUCUAGCGUCAAUGUGUUUCGCAGUCAAGUUUUAUCUUAAAAGACAUCAUCUUGGUCUCGUUGCUCAGACUUUCAUCAGCAACCCUUUCCCUGUCAUACGUAGUGCUUGCUAUACACGAUAUUAUUUAUGAAGCCCUAUUUCUAUAUUCACCAUUGAUAUCACCUCCCAUACUCAUGAAUUUCUCAGUUGAUUUCUUAUUAAUACAGAAUUUCCUUGUUCUUAAGUUUGCCAGAUGCCAGGGCUCCGGGAAAUAUGAUGUGAUGCUGACUUUCAAGCAAUUGUACUCAUCAUAUACACAACAUCUAUGAAAUCCAAAUGACUAACUCUUAAUAUACAGUAACAUCUCGUUACACUGCUACUGUUUGUCCAGAGAAUUGCUGACAUUAUAAAGAGAUUGGCAAUAAAUUGAAGGAAAUUUACAGAAUAAUUAUUAAGGAAAAAAGGAAAAGGGACCUUAACAUUUGUUGGCAAGGUGGCAAAUAAACGGAGUGGCAUUAUAUCUAGGUUUUACUGUACAUAACUUCUGGAGACAAUAUAUAUAUAUAUAAUUUCAAUUGUUUGGUGGGUUGGAAUUAGGGUGGACUUAUUUUCUCUAUGUUAUGCAGCCCAAAAGGUGGUGUGUAUUGGUCUGAGAAUUGCACAUGCAAAUUCCUAUCGCGUCAUUUACAAUGUAAGUGACACAGUUAGCGGCAGGCAGACGUGAAAUUUAAUUUUACUUAAAGAAAUCGGGGCUGUUAUUUGGUUAAAGUGGAAUUCAAAUCAUCAAAUUAAUUUUGUAUUUGAUAUCCUGUUAUGGGAAAUCAGAGAUGUGGGGAGUAAUCUGGAUCAAUUUUAAAGUAAAUCUAAUGAUUAAAUACAAUCCUUUGUUUGUAGGUGCAUACGUGCUUUAUGUCCAUAACACGUAUUGUUGUGUUUGAAAAUGAUUAGUUUGUUUAAUAAAUCAGUCGCAGUGCCUCUUUGUCAGUGAAAUACAUUUC